AUGAGUAGUCUGUACACGUAUACUACACCAUCAAGAAAUGGUGGAGGUGUCAAUGGUUUAAGUCUUGGACAUUCACCAAUUAUUAAUUACAGAAAGGAUGCUAAAAAGGGAAUUAAAUUUACAUUCAUGGUAGUAGGAGAACUGGGUACUGGUAAAACCACAUUCAUUAAUUCAUUAUUAAAUAAAAAAGUAUUAAAUCAUCGUUAUGAUCCCAAUACGGAAAAUUGUGUUGGAGAAACCAAAGUGUUAUCAUUUACUUCUGCCAAAUCAGUUGCUUUACCAAAUACUUCAAUCUUAACUAGAAAUGAAUUUAAUCCUAGAACAAUUCAUGAAGAACCAGGAAUUGCAUUGACUGAAACAGAAGUUGAAAUUAUGGAUGGUGAUGUUAUGAAAUUAUAUUUAAAUAUUAUAGAUACUCCUGGAUUUGGUGAGAAUUUAAAUAAUGAAUUAUGUUUUAUUGAAAUUGAAAAUUAUUUAAAACAACAAUUUGAUUUAGUAUUAGCUGAAGAAACUAGAAUUAAAAGAAAUCCAAGAUUUAUUGAUACAAGAGUUCAUGUUAUGUUAUAUUUUAUUACUCCAACAGGACAUGGUUUAAGAGAAAUUGAUAUUCAAUGUAUGAAAAGAUUAUCUAAAUAUGUUAAUAUUAUUCCAGUAAUUGGUAAAGCUGAUUCAUUUACUGAAUCUGAAUUAGCAUAUUUUAAAAAACAAAUUAGAAUUGAUAUUGAAAAAUUUAAUGUUCCAACAUUCCAAUUUGAUUCUUAUUUAAAUGAAUAUGAUGAAGAUGAAGAUUUUGAUUUAAUUGAAGAAUCGAAAUUUUUAGCUAAUUUACAACCAUUUGCAAUUAUAACUUCUGAAGAAUCAUUUGAAAUUAAUGACCCCACAACGGGUCAAUCAAAAACAAUUAGAGCAAGACAAUAUCCUUGGGGAUUAGUUGAUAUUAAUGAUACCAAAUAUAGUGAUUUUCUGAUUUUAAAAUCAGUUAUUUUAGGAUCUCAUUUACAAGAUUUAAAAGAUUUAACUCAUGAUUUCUUAUAUGAAACCUAUAGAACUGAAAGAUUAACCAAAGUCACCGGUGUUAGAGCUCUUGAUGAUUCAAUAGGCGCUGCUGCAACCACAGAGGAUGACAGUGAAUUCCAUGAUACUGUUGAACAUCAAUCUAGUAUGAUGGAUAAUACAAUCCCUUCAUUAUCUAAUUUAGCUCAAUUAACCGAUAAUAAUACCAAUCAAGAAUUUGACAAUCAUUCAUUCACAUCUUCAACCCAUUCCAUCAGAAAACAAAGAUCAAUGUUAUUAGAUGAUACUGAACAAGACGUCCCACCACAAUCACAAUCAUCGCCCAAAUUACCUCAUCCGGCAUUUGGAAUCUCCGGCUCCAGCCUCUCAUUAGAAAGAUCAAGAACCCCAACUGAUUCAUUCAAGAGAUUAUCAAUUGGUCCUCAACGUAAUCAAUUAAGGCAAAUAUCAGAAACGGUACCUUAUGUAAUAAGACAUGAACGAAUUUUGGAAAGACAACAGAAAUUAGAAGAAAUGGAAAUGGCAAGUGCUAAAGAAUUGGCUAAUAGGGCUGCGAUGUUGGAAAGAAAGGCGGCUGAAUUGAAGGCGAAGGAGAAGGCGUUGUUGAAACAAUUGGAAUUGGCAAAAGCUAAGAAACAGCAAGAGCAGGAAGAGAAAGAAAAGGAAGAGAAAGAAAAGGAAGAGCAAGAAAAGGAAGAGCAGGAAGUGAAUGGAAGAGGUGGAGAUGAGGAAGGGCAUGAAGAGGAAGUGGAAGAAGAAGAGGAGCCAUUAGAAGAACAUCAAGUAGAUCUCACUACACCUAAAGGAAUUGAAAAGGAUGAAACUAUGACUGAUUUACAUUCUAUUGUAAGUCAAAAAUAG